AGAGCGUCGUCACUGUUGCAACCAAUUACCGUUGAACCUUUGCAGUGUUCGCUUCUCAAAGUUCAAUCAUUUUCCGUCAUUUCUGUCGCUCGCUCUUUACCAAAAUGACUGAUAAGGGUACAACUAAAUGCUAUUUUGAUAUUAGCAUUAAAAAUGAACCGAAAGGCAGGAUUGAAUUUCUGCUCUACGACCGGAUUGUACCGAAAACUGUUGAGAACUUCAAAGCGCUCUGCACUCAUGAGAAGGGAUUUGGAUACAAGAACAGUAAGUUCCAUCGUGUAAUUCCCCAGUUCAUGCUUCAAGGUGGUGACUUCACCCGUGGAAAUGGGACCGGCGGUAAGAGUAUUUAUGGUAAUAAAUUUGUCGACGAAAACUUCCAGGAGAAACAUACAAAACCGGGUAUGUUGUCUAUGGCCAAUGCUGGCCCGAACACCAACGGCUCUCAGUUCUUCAUCACAACUGUAGCGACUCCCUGGCUGGAUGGUAAGCAUGUUGUGUUUGGUGAGGUAUCGAAGAAUUUUGAGUUGGUUAAAGUAAUUGAGGGACUUGGUUCCUCUAGUGGUUCAUUGUCAGUGAAUGUGAUGAUAACGGAUGCUGGAGUAUUAUAGGAUUUUCAACUGAGCACUUUUUGGAUUAUUCCAAUAAAAUCUCUUAAUUUA